CUACCGGGGCCUGACGUCACGGGGCGGGCGCCGCUCCAUCCGGGCCUCCGGGCACCGCCCCUUGGAUGACGCCACAAUCGCGGACGUCUCCUCCGUGACGCAGUCAAACCCGGUCCGUCGCGUUGUGACGUCACAGAGCCCCGGGGCCCCGCCCCCCCAUUUUCUCCGUGGGCGCCUCCCUCCGCUCCUCACAAGGGGCGGGACGUUGCGAUGAAACGGGGGCACAAACAUAAUUCGGCCCUUGGUGGAGCAGGUGAGGCGGGACCAGGUGGGAUGGCAGAACGCCCCCUGGUUCCAGCCUGUCCCACGCGCCAGCCGGGACGGCUCCAACGCCAUCUCCUGAGCGGCGAGUUCGACCAGCUGCGGGAUUUACCCAUCUUUGAGAGCAACUUCGUGCAGGUGACCCGAUUGGGAGAAGUUGCCAACAAGGUCACCAUGGGGGUGGCAGCCUCCAGUCCUGCCCUGGAACUCCCAGACCUGUUGCUUAUGGCGGGCCCUGCCAAGGAGAACGGACGCCUGCAGCUCUUCGGGCUAUUCCCCUUGCAGUUCGUCCAGCUCUUCGUCCACGACGAAAGCCGCUGGCAACUCAAGGUCAAGUUCCACACCGGCCGCGCCUUCUACCUGCAGCUACGGGCCCCGCCGGAGACCCGCGACCGCGAGUUCGGCCAGUGGGUGCGGCUGCUCUACCGCCUGCGCUUCCAUUCGGCCCAGGGAGCCGUACCCUUCACGCAGGAGUACUCGGCGCUGGAGGACGACGAGGAGGAAGACGAGGACGAGGAUCUGACCGAGCAGGAGAAAGUGAGCGGAGGAGGUGAGCGGAGGAGGGCGGGGCUGCAAGGAGGGGGGAGAGGGACAUGGGCGGGGCUGGGGGCGGGACCCCUGGGUCUGAGGCAGGAAGGGGGCUGGGGGCCUGUGCUCCUGGGUCUGAGGGAGGAGGGGCCAGGGACCUGGACCCCAGGGUCUGAGGGAAGAGGGGUCGGGGACCUGGACCCCUGGGUCUGAGGGAGGAGGGCCUGGGACCUGGAUGCCUGUGUCUGAGAGUGGAGGUGACCAGGAACCCUGACUCCUAAGUCCUGACAGGGUGUGGCAUCUGUACCCAGAGGGCAGGAGGCUCUCAAAAGCAGGGCAAGGUCUGCAGGACCUUGGCGCACCAGCAAAGGUGGUGAUGGUUUCCUAACUGGGCAUCCCCCCACCCCAGUCUCGCUCCCCUUGACCUAGCAUGGUGGGAUCUGGGGAGGGAGUGCCCAGGCCUUGAAGGAGUGGGGUCAGCCAGACAAGAUGCCAGUUCCGUGUAAGGCCUGGGGAGGGGAAAUGCCCCAGUCCUUGAAGGUGGGGACACUGGAACCUAUGGGGCCUCUUCCUCUUGAGACACCCUGCUUCCCAGGCCUUCCCAGGAAGUACAAAGUGCCCACUCACCCACCCCCAAACGGCAGAUACAUCCGCAGUCAAGGCCUCUGAGACAAACUCUCUCUUGUACCCAGCUUCAAACCAUGGAAGCCAGACUGGACCCACAGACCUCUGAACUCUGGGGACUCUGAUUCCUCCAACAUUCUUUUGAGGUCACUAAAAGACCAGAGAUCAAAGUGUACCCUACCUCGGGGCCGGACAGAUGAAUUAUUAAAGUUAAUAAAGAUCGGCCACUUAAGAACCAACAACCCGGUCACGAGCAGUUUCCCCAUCGUCACCGAUUCAACAUGGCAGAAAUAGCUCUUCCAGUGAGACUGCCCCAGCGCAGUCUUCUGUUCAUGGCGUCUGGCUCCUCAGGCCACCACCGAGGCCCAGCGCCCACCAUUCCAUCAUGGCUACCUUGCUAGAGUAGCCCUCCCCAGUCUGGCCUUUGGUUCUUCUUUGCCCGCUGCAUCUGGCCCCUGCAGCCAGCCCACCUCCUCCCCACUCACAGUAGCUCGUCUAACAGGGCUGCCUCCACAGGGUGUCAGGUCCACCCGUGAUUUUGUAGUUGCCACGGCAACGCGGUAGCCUCGCUAAAGUAGCUGUUCCAAGAUGGCGGCCUCAAUGUGGUCUGUUUCAUCAGGGCUGCCUCAUCGUGGUUGC